UGAAGAAUCUCCAGAAAAGACAGAAAAACGCGCCAAGGACCCCACGCGCGCGAAAGGCAAGAAAAAGACAAAGAAAAGUGGGGAAAAAGCCAGAGAGAGGAGGGGUUUUCUCUCCCGUCCCGAAAAGAAGAGACCUGUGAAGACCCUGCGAGCAGCGGACGCGCGACGACGACGCCGCGAGUCAGGGCUCUAGGGCUCGCGAGAUGGAUAGGGUUACACAGGGACCCAGGUAAAUCGUCCCUUGCUUCUCCCCAUCCGUACGCACACACUCAGCGACGGGCCAGCACAGUACGGAAAGAACAACACGGACAGCAGAACAAUCGCCGACACGCGACAACGUACAGCAAGUGUCUGAGGUCAUCGCGAAGAUUUGACGUCGUCAUCGGUGGUGUCACAGCAGUGAAUGGACAUGUACCACUGCCUGUGAGUCGUCCACCUGUACUGCUUACUGCCGGUCCUGUGAUGGCGGGUCUUAAGCUCGGACUGACUGCCCUGAUGUGUGUCUUGUAUGGCACGUCAGGUGUUCAAAUAAUCAACUGCAACAACAACAAGGUAGACAUAUUUGAAGACUCACCUGCUCCAGUCACGUGUGGAAACAUCACCAGUACAGCUGAUGUUAUCUGGCGACGUGGAGAUGGAGUAGAUAUCGGAGAUUGUCUUGCUGACGGUACCUGCACCACUGCCUUAUACAACGACUACAGACUCAGCAGGUCACCGCAGUCCACGGAGAGUCAGCUGACCCUUGUCCCUGAUUACCGACGUCACGCGGGUGUCACGGUCACGUGUGUGGGCAUACCGACUCCUUACAUAUCCACUUGUACUCUCGUCAUCAGGCGUCACUCUAUCCUCAGUGAAUGUCAGGUCACCACCAACCCUGUGGACGGGACUGUGUCAGGUUCAUGUCGUGUACAACAAGCUUUCUCCUCUGAUAACAUCUACAGAUGCAGCUGGCGACUAAACGAUGGAAGCUUUUGGAGGGUUUGACAACAAUCGUGAGAGGUGUUCAUUCGCCAAUGAACCUUUGCCAGAGAAGACUGGUCUCUACACCUACACCAUUGCUGUCUUUCCGCUGCCUACGACCGGAUUUUCCCAGAAUAUCAGAAAAGAUUUCACAGAAAGCAUUAAUAAUGGGAAAGGAGCAGAUUCUACCCAUGGACGAUCCUAUGCCUCUACCAAGUGGAUGAUCCCUAGCAUCGCUAUCGCUGUUAUCAUCAUAUCUUUUCUCGUCACUGUAAUUUACUUUAUCAUCAAUCGACACAAGUUUACACUCCGAGGAUUAUCAUACAACACGAAUCAAAACGACCCCCAGGCUAAUCUUGGUGAGCACUUCAGCGACACUGGCAUAGCAGCUGACCAGUCUACAGGUCAGUCAGAUGCUGUGUCUACUGACACUAGGUCAGGUCCGGCAGGCAGAGGGCACACGAACACCGAGCUUCCUGCUACAGACAAAACGUACGAUGUGCCAGUUCAGCCAGGAGGUGACCCCCAUACUUACCUAAAGAUUGACCGCAAUACUCACAAUAAGGGUGUAGUCCGCUAUAAAAACUAUGAAAACCAUGAUAAAUAAAAUGCAUCUGUUACCUGUAGUCUGACUACUAGAGCGUUCAUUCCUAAACUAAUAGUUUAUUUCUCUAUAAUUGAAAAAAACCGUAUACCUUUCUUAGUACCAAUGCAGUCAGACCACGGAACUCAAAGCAUCUAUUACAUCUACUACAACGUAGCUUGUUAUUGUCCCUGACACCAAUAACCCGAAUUCCUAUGUUACAUACAUAGCAACUAGAUGUUUUUUCCAAUGAGUUAUUUUAUCCUUAUUUGCUUCAAUAACACUGUAAAUAUUUUAGUUGUAAUGCGACUAUUUUUGGGAUUUAAGUGUAGAUAAAUAGAGACAGAGUUGCCGGGUUAGGUAAAUUCUGGAAAAAAACCCUUGGCAUAAAAUCCAUCUACUUGACGAUAAGGGAGCGCUAUCGUAAGAGGCUAGGGGGACAUCUGAAGAACAACAAUAGAAAAGUAAACAGUCAACUACAGUAAUCAUCGCUUGUCAACUAAUAUCAGGUGAUCUUACACUCACUGCUGGUGACGAGUGUGCCAGUUAUAUAUAUAUUACUAUGCGUGCGUCUCACUGUUAGUGUAUAGAAAGAGAUGGAGGUAGUAGAUCAUCUGUGCUUAUACCCCUCUCUUAGAUGCAAAUCCUGGGGCCUAAAGUUUGUUGACACCCCACGUGCGGUCUGUGCCAUGCUGACCCCUCGUCAAGCUUGAGUGGGCGGGUACUUUCAGGUCGGGAGCAAACAUCCAGUGGGCUGUUGGCUGACUGAACUUUGCUGGAUCCCCGAGCUCUCCCAGAGGCCCCUUGACACUGUGCCAGGAGCAGACAGUCAUACUCACCUGUAAGCUGAGUCCUGUACCUCCACCGGGGACAGCUGGCUGGUUUGAUGGAAGGCAAUGCUGCACCAGCAAGCAGGUGUCAGGCUAAGGGGCUCCAUGGUAAGCGACAAACUGUGCAACUGUUACCUAAGUGCACUUCACAUGGCCAGCCGGGGGCACCUUCCUCCGGAACAGAGGACCGCCACCCUGAGGCAGCCGAGUUUGCUGUUGUGGGAUAAUCAUCAUAUCUUGACACAGUGCAAAAAGUUCUGAAGCAAAACAUUUUCAGUCUCUGUGGGGGUAUAAUCAGGGGGAGGUUAAGGGACGGUCUCUGCCUAUGGGUGUAUUAGAGUCCUUUCAGAACGAAAUAGUGUUUUAUAGAACUAUAAUUUGUGAACUGUUGAACUGGUACAUGUCACUGUGUUGGAACGAAUUUAAUCGUUCCAAGGUGCUGGCGAACUCUAAUAGUGUGGUGUAACCGUGAAGAGAGUAGUGUGGCCUGUUUUUAGUCUGCAACUGUUUAUUUGAUAUAUGCUGUUUAUUUUUGUUAAUAUUGUAAUUCUGUAUACUCUCUGUACAACGACUAUUGUUUGAAUUUGUUGGAAGAAUGCUCACGUCGUGCCUGUGUAUGUGUGUGUGUGUGUAUUUUAUCUACAUGCCACAAACUGUAACAAGGGGUAUUGUACAAGAGCGUGCCCUGUGUGACCGGAUGUCUGCCAUCUCCUAGUAUCGCCCACGUGUGAAAUGUAAUGAUAUCCUUGUAUAACUGAGGCUAUUUAAAAAAGUAAUCAAAUUAAUCACAAAAUCAACGCACAUAAACACACUAAAACGCCAUACUAUUCAAUAAUUCUGCCGCUGUCAAUGUUUUAGUAACAAGCAGAUGGGCAACAUUC